CUCCGCCGCGCCGCUGCCGGGGCAGAGCGCGCCACUCCUUCGCAGAGGCAGGACGUGCUCCCGAGCCGGGCCCGGCCGAGGCCAGCCAGAGUCGUGCCAAGGCAAGGCCAGCGGUGCCCAGCGGUCCCGAGGCCCGGGCACACUCUGCCUUCUCCCUGCUUUCACCAGAAUCGCGCUCCGCGCGCCGGCACAGCAGCCCCCGCCUCGCCGGGACCCUCGGGCGCCGCCGCGGGAUCGCUCCAGCUGCAGAGCCAAUAUGCCCAUCACUCGGAUGCGCAUGAGACCCUGGCUAGAGAUGCAAAUUAAUUCCAACCAAAUCCCGGGGCUGAUCUGGAUUAAUAAAGAGGAGAUGAUCUUCCAGAUCCCUUGGAAGCACGCUGCCAAGCAUGGCUGGGACAUCAACAAGGAUGCCUGUCUGUUCCGGAGCUGGGCCAUUCACACAGGCCGAUACAAAGCAGGGGAGAAGGAGCCGGACCCCAAGACGUGGAAGGCCAACUUUCGCUGUGCCAUGAACUCCCUGCCGGAUAUUGAGGAGGUGAAGGACCAGAGCAGGAACAAGGGCAGCUCAGCCGUGCGGGUGUACCGGAUGCUUCCACCCCUCACCAAGAGCCAGAGGAAAGAGAGGAAAUCCAAAUCCAGCCGAGACACUAAGAGCAAGGCCAAGAAGAAGUCCUGUGGGGAUUCCAGCCCUGACACCUUCUCGGAUGGACUCAGCAGCUCUACCUUGCCUGAUGACCACAGCAGCUACACCGCUCAGGGCUAUAUCGGGCCGGACAUGGAGGUGGAGUCAGCCCUCACUCCAGCACUAUCACCGUGUGCCGUCAGCAGCACACUCCCCGACUGGCACAUCCCAGUGGAAAUUGUGCCGGACAGCACCAGUGACCUGUACAACUUCCAGGUGUCACCCAUGCCCUCCACCUCAGAAGCUGCAACAGACGAGGACGAGGAAGGGAAAUUGCCUGAGGACAUCAUGAAGCUCUUGGAGCAGUCGGAGUGGCAGCCCACAAACGUGGAUGGGAAGGGGUACCUGCUCAAUGAACCUGGGGCCCAGACUACCUCCAUCUAUGGAGACUUCAGCUGCAAGGAGGAGUCAGAUGUUGAAAGCCCUGGGGGGGAUAUCGGACUGAGCCUGCCCCGCGUCUUCACAGAUCUGAAGAACAUGGACGCCAGCUGGCUAGACGGCCUGUUGUCUCCAGUCAGGCUGCCCUCCAUCCAGGCCAUCCCUUGUGCACCAUAGCUGGGCCCCUGGCCCCUCUUACUCCCCUAGGCAAGGAGGACCUGGUAUCAUGGUGGCUGUGGUGCAGAGAAGCUGGACUCCUGUGGGCUCCUCAACAUGGCAAAGUGUGCCCUCCCUCCUUGGGUCAUUGGCACUCAGCUCCUGGCAUGGUGUGGAGUAAAGCUGGCCCUGCCUCCUGGGAAGAUAGGGUUCUGAGAUCGGUGUGUCAGGUGGAGGACUUGGAUAAGAGUCAGCCUAGACUUUUCUCUCUGAGCCCAGCUGCCUGGAGAGGGUCUUCCUGUCACUGAGCUGGUUCAGAGGGGACAGACCAGUGCCCUAGGGCUGGCUCUGCACUAAGAGAUAAUUGCACUAAGUGAAUCGUGUUCCCAAAGAACCACCUCCCUUCCCAGCUGAGCCCUGGGGACUGUUCCAAAACCAGUGAAAUGUGAAGGAAACAUGGGGUCCUGUAGGGGUGGUGGGUGCUCCCUCAGCCUCAAAGGAACCCUGCCCUGCUCCCUGCUCCGGCUGAGGGGCUUGGGCAAAAACUUGGCACUUUCUUGUGGACCCUACCACACUGCUGAUCAGAGGUGGACACUAAUGUUUCCCCCAAGCUCUUGGCCUUCGUGUUUAUUUAUACAGUGCCUUGCCCUGCACCCUCCGCCCCUCAGGCCCCCGCAGCCCUCAGCAGGCCCAGGGAGGGAAGUGAGUGCUCUGGUGUGACUUAAACAUUGGCAUCUAACCACUAAGUCAUGUGUGACCACAUACAGACAUAUAUGUAAAUAUGUACAUUUUUCUUUUUAUAAAAAAAUUGUUUAUGAAUUAUA